UUCUUAUUAAACACUUCAUUAACUUGGAGACGAUUUUUUCUUCUUUUUUUUUUUUUUUUUGUCACAGAGACAUGUUUUCUUCUAAGUUCUCUAUUUAUUGGCCAUAUUCUUGGAAAUAAGCUUAAGGGCAUCAAGAAACGGGCGUUGGUGUUGACGGUAACAAAAUGCCUUGUCUUUACAUUACAACUAACGUCAAUUUGGACGGCUUCAAAACCGAUCCGUUCUACUCGGAAGUCACCAAAGCCGUCGCUUCUAUCGUUGGACGGCCUGAGAACUUGGUGAUGGUGGUGUUGAAGGGGUCAAUAGAGAUAGUAUUCGGUGGAAACAAAGAAGCAGCUGCAUAUGCAGAGAUUGUGUCGAUGGGAGGCAUCACCAAGCAAGUUAAGAGGCAGCUUAUUUCAACCGUUGGUUCUAUUCUUCACACUCAUUUUUCUAUUCAUCCCAGUCGUUUUAUCUUUAAAGUUUUUGAUAUCAAUUCUUUGCCUCUUCCUUCUAAACUAUAGUUUUAUGAUCUGUCUAUUAUUGUUCAUACUUGACUUUUUCGAGUUAACGAACAACACAUAUCUCUUCUUGAACCUUUUUGUAUCAUUAAUUAUAUGUUUACAAGCUUUAUUAUACUAUCACAUCA